AUGAUCACACUGUGUGUGAUAUUUCUCCUCCUUAAACAAAUGGAUCAAGUUCCAGCUGUAGCACAAUCCUCAGCCAUUCGUCUCAUAUCACCCAAUGUUGGAGACACAGUGACUUUGCACUGUUUCUAUGAAGGUGACAUGGCAGUAACAUUCUCCUGGUACAAGCAACCCUUUGGAAAUAUUCCUCGCGUCAUGUCAACAUUUUUUUUGAAGUAUGAUAGUGGCGCUACAUUCUACCAUGAAUUUAAAGGUAACCCUCGCUUCUCAGUGGAAAGUGACAAAGGAAAAAUUCACCUAAGAAUCUCAGACAUGGAACUCUCUGAUUCAGCUUUAUACUACUGUGGGAGCUCUUAUGGAAACAAGGUGGAGUUUGGAGAAGGAACCAUUCUCAUUGUGAAAGGUUCAGAGUCCAACAGUAAGACAGUUGUACAUCAGUCUGUGUCUAAAUCAGUCCAGCCAGGAGACUCUGUGUCUCUAAACUGUACAAUACACACUGAGACCUGUGCAGGAGAACACAGUGUCUAUUGGUUCAGACAUGGCUCAGGAGAAUCCCAUCCAGGAAUCAUUUACACCCAUGGAGACAGGAGUGAUCAGUGUGAGAAGAGACCUGAGGCUGGGUCUCCUACACAGAGCUGUGUCUACAACCUCCCCAAGAGGAACCUCACCCCAUCUGAUGCUGGAACUUACUACUGUGCUGUGGCCUCAUGUGGGGAGAUACUGUUUGGGAACGGGACCAAGCUGGACAUUGACCAUGGUUGUAAGGAGGACCAUCUUCUGUUCAUGUACUGCCUUGGCGUAGCAUUGGGUCUGUGUGUCAUCCUCAUCAUUGUCCUUACUUGUGUUUUGUAUAAGAUGAUCAAGUGCAUAGGAACCCACCUUCAGCCAAGUACUCCUGCAGUCCCCAGUCAUUAUAACCAGGAUCAAGGUGUUGACACAAUCCAUUACGCCGCUUUGAAUGUCGCCCACAAGAAACCAAAGGCCAGGAGACAGAGGAGCGCCAUGGAGACAGACACUGUGUACUCUGGUGUAAGACUCCAAAACAUGAAACAACACUCUGUGGUGUUCUGA